AUUAAAAUCCAGUCUGUAUUGUCUAUCUCCGUGGUAGUGCAUGUCGAAUGUUGCGUCGGAUUUCUCUUUUCAAAAUAGAACGUGUUUUUUUAAUUACUUUACAGUGUAUUUUUGUUUUUACCGUGAAGGAAUCGAAUAAAAUGUGUUUUUACUGUGCAUUUUAAUUUAUAAGAAUUUAAAUCUAUCGCGUAUUAGUGAUUUAGUGAAAAUGAAUGGUAAAAAGCGCUGUGAAAAGGGAACUUUCUCGCCAGACGGAAUGCGAGCCGAAAUCUUAAAUCCAUUUGUGCACAAGUUGGAGCUAGACAACGCUUAUGAUAAAAUACGCACGGCAAUUUUCACGGUCAUCCUGCUACCGUUCCGUGUGAUCGUCAUUUGUUACCUGAUCGUGACCGCCUGGUUCCUGGCCUGUGUCGGCCUGUACGGCCUCAGUGAAGACGACCUUAGAAAAAAACCUAUGACAGGAUGGAGAAGCAAGCUACGUUUCUACAUUCUAUCUCUCAUGAGGUUGGUGGUGGUAGCUGCUGGUUUCCAUCGAGUGAAGGUGUUGGGGCUGGAGCGCAUGGCCAGGGGCCGUGAAGCACCAGUAGUGGUAAUGGCACCGCACUCCAGUUUCUUUGACGCCAUUGCAAUCGUGGUUCUUGGCGCGCCCAGUGUGGUUGCGAAAGCGGAUACAGCCAAACUACCCUUCAUUGGACAAUUAAUAAACUACACCCAGCCGGUAUAUGUGUGGCGUGACGAUCCCAACUCUCGACAGAACACGAUCAAGGAAAUCAUUGAAAGAGCGACAUCUAAGGAGGAUUGGCCCCAGGUGCUAAUCUUCCCCGAAGGAACAUGCACGAACCGGUCAUGCCUGAUAACCUUCAAGCCAGGAGGUUUCUACCCAGGUGUUCCUGUUCAACCCGUCACUAUUCGAUACCCUAACGCUAAAGAUACGGUUACUUGGACAUGGGAGGGACCUGGCGCAUUAAAACUCCUCUGGCUGACAUUGACACAAGUACACAGCUCGUGUGAGAUAGAGUUUCUCCCUGUCUACUAUCCUAACGAAGAAGAGAAGAGGAACCCUAAACUCUUCGCCAGGAACGUUAGAGAUGUCAUGGCCAAAGCUCUCGGAGUACCAGUACUGGACUAUACGUAUGACGACUGCCGACUGAUAGCAAAAGCCAAACAACUGGGCAUUCCCGGGGGCGCUUCUAUUCGGGAAGUCGCCGAAUUGAGAGCCCAGCUUAAGCUGGACGUCACAAACUACGAAGUGGACCUCAUAGAAACAGGUCUGCAGGGCUCUCCUCGCUGGCUGACCCUGGAGCAGUUCGCCUUGAAGAUGGAUGUGCUCAUCACCGUGCCUUGCUCUCGGCUUUACAAGAUAUUUGUGCAGCAACCCAUAAACAUGAUGUACUUCCCUGACUAUCUUCUUGCGACGCUUUUCAUCUUGUAUCAGCACGAACCACUUUCUCUGCUAAUUGCCUAUGGAUUUAAGAUUUUCGAUGGCUCUGGUAUGGGGAGAUUAGAUCUCACAAGCUUCGAAGAGUUAGCGGCUCGAACUCUCAAUCUUGGACCGGAGGACGCUCACAAUCUCUUCAGAGGAGCUGACGUCGAGAAGAAGGAAUAUAUCACAUAUGAUGAAUUCGUGGCCUACGGAAUGAAGAAGCCGGAGCUGAGCUUCGUGUUCACCAGAGACGGGUCUCAAAAGGUGAAGGUCCAAUGAGAGUUGCAGGUUCACAUCCCCGCCGUGUGCGAUCUCCAAAUGCCGGACUAAAGGCACGGAGACGAAGCGAGCGAGAAAGGGUAGACGAUUUUUGUUCCUUUGAUACUUCUAUGUACCAAAUACGUAGGAAUUCUCUUUCGCCUAUCGCAUAUUAUAUCGUAUUGGUGAUUUUAUAAUAGCGAAGUAUUCCAUUGUUGCGAGUAUUGUAUUUUAUCCAAUUUUUACACCCUUUUAAAGGCAUAUGGAAUAAUAUCAAUUUUUUAUAUUAUAAGUAAGUUGUUUGAUUGUAUAAUAAAUAUAUAAUUUGCUUACUCAAUAUGAUAAUCGAAUAUUAAUAUGAUUAAAGUUCUAUCCCUUUCAUACAUCGCUUGCUUAUGGGGAUUGUGAACGUAACUUGUAAAUACUCAUUAUUUAAUACUCUUUCAAAUACACAGCAAAGCAUGCUGUCUCUUUUUAAUUAAUACUUAGUGAAGGAGACCGAUAUACCGAGUCUUCAGUCGGGUAUAGUGUUAGUUAAAAGCGGUUGGUCUAGUGGCUUCAGCGUGCGACUCUCAUCCCUAAGGUCGUAGGUUCGAUUCCCGGCUGUGCACCAAUGGACUUGAUCAUGAAACAGAAAUCUACGGCCCAGACCUAAAAAAGUUGUAGUGCCACUGAUUUUUUUAUAGAAUAAAGUAGUAGCUUCUAAGUAGAAAUUAUAUAAGCUUAGCUAAAAUUGGCUUUACUGUUAUAGUAGUUUAUUGAAUUACGACUUUAUCACAUUGUAUUAAGGUGUAUUUUACAAUACACAAUGAUUUGAGGCUCAUAUUAUGGUUUCUCAAAUAGCAAUGUUUCGAAAUAUUAAAGUUAUAAAAACAGAAUAGAUAUAUAAAAUUCUUGAUGCAUAUAAAAAUAAACAAAUGAAUGUUGCAUAUAAAAAAUUGUCAAAUUUAGUAUAUAUUUUCGAAAUUCUUUUCAAAUAUUUGGAAAAGUCUAGGUUACUUCCAUUUUUAGAGUUUUUUAGAGUUUGAAUCAUUUACACAAACAAGAAUUGACACCUACAUAGCCAUUAAUUAUGUGAUAAUCGUAAAUUUAGAUGCUAUUGUAAAUAUUCUUGAUAAUAAGCUUAAUAGGUAUUAAUAAUCUGCAAAUUAAUGAAUAUAACCUUAUUAAAAUAUAUGACCCUCUCCUUUCACACAGCAUAAAUACAAUUUGAUAGAAAGAGACAUAAGUGUAUCAGUCAUAUUAGCAGGUAAAAAUAAAAAUAUCCAAACUAGAUAUGUGACGGUGAACAUUAAGAUAAGUCUUUUGCUCACUAAAUGCUCAGUGUAGUAGAUAAUUCAUAUCCUAUAUGAUUGUACUUGUGGGCGUUUUAGACAGUGACAGAUUGUCAAAUGUCACAUUAGUAAUAAUAUUCAUUACGUAUUUUAAACAAGGGAGUGUUCAAGUAUUACGUAACGCAAUUUUUGGAGAUUAUUGACCCCCCCCCCAUGUAACUCUCCGUAACGUUUUUCAAUACCCA